AUGGCCGCCUCCUUCGCGAGAAGUGCGAGAGUCAUGUCCUACGUUUACCUGGGCGCGGCCGUCCAGCUCCUGUUAAUACUGAGCGCGCUGCGCGUCACCGCGGUCCAGGCGCUCCAGGCGACGCAGUCCAAACAAACGUCCGACGCGCUCCGGCGCGCGCGCGCGCGGCGCGCCUCGACGGCGCGCGGCAACUUCGUGGACCUCGUGAGCGCGCGGUCGUCGCUCUUCGACGUCGCGGCGUCGAUCGCCGAGGAGGAAAACACGGUCGCGCCGGCUUUCGCCAAGGCGUGCGUCGACGACCUCUCCAAAUUAGCCGCGGCGCGAUUAAGCCUCACGAGCGCGCUGGGCGACGGCGGCAACAAUUAUGAGGGAGAGGCGGGGCGCGUCGCCGCCGCGGUCGCCGCAACUUUAGGGGAUUGGCGCGUCGACGCGGAAUGCACUCCGGACGAGCCCUUCCUCGUCGACGCCGUCGUCGCGCGCGACGCUGGGAGCGCCCCCGCUGUUUUGGCGGUCGUCGACGAGGUCUCACGAGCGGCCUCCCAAGGCCGCGUCGGCGUCGGCGCCGUCGCAGACCGGGGCCGGGCCGCGGUCCUGGUGGACGGCGAGGGCCGGCGCGCCCUCGUCUCGCUGUCCCAGAAGCCCGUCGCCGCGCCCCUCGCCGCCUCGCCGCGGGCGCACCCGUCGCUGCGGGCCGGCGCGCUCCUCCUCAAGGGACUCCAGGGCGCGGCGACGGCGCGCGGCGACCUCGUCCGCCUGGUGUCGGCGGCGGACCGGCUCCUCGUGCUCGCGCGUUCCGUCGACCGAACAGUGACGCUGAGCGAGUGGCAGCAGGCGGCCGUCGACGUCGCGAGCUGCUGCGUCGCAUUGGACUGGACCGAGCGUCGGGACGAAGCCCGGGCCCUCCUCGACGAGGCGCUUAGACCCGAUCGGGUCCGACCGGGCCGCGCCGCGUCGCACCGCGGGCGGCUGCUGCGGAGCGACGCGUGGUUCGACGCCGCCGGCGGGCCGCGCGCGUAG